AUGGAGUACAAGAGAUCAUCGCAUGUGGAGGAGGAAGACGAGGAGGAUGAGGAGGAAGAAGAAGACGAGGAGGAGGAGGAGGAGGAGGAGGAGGCCAGAGGCCAUCGCUACACCACAGUGGCGGCAGCACCCGUAGGCGCUCCACAGCAGCAGCAGCAGGUGCACGCCCAAGCUCUUGGCCUCGGCUCGCACCCCUCCCUGAUGGAUUCUGCCGCCUUCUCGAGGCCGCUCUUGCCUCCCAACUCAUCUCUGGUGACGCAGCCACCGCUGCCUCCACCGGGCUUCCUGCCGGCUCACCGCCAGCCGCCGCAGCUCCAUCCGAGGAAAGCGGAGAGGGAGAGGGACAGAGCCGCGGGAGCGCAGCAGCCCCAGGUCCGGCGCCACCAAGAACCAGCGAGGAAUGGCGUUCUCGGCGGUGGCGCCGCGCCCGCAUCGGCGGCCUCUACGCUCAGCCUCGCGCCCGUGGGGCCGGUGGUGGAGGCGGCCCAGUGGAGGUACCGGGAGUGCCUGCGGAACCACGCGGCGCGGCUUGGCGCGCACGUGCUCGACGGCUGCUGCGAGUUCAUGCCGUCCGGGACCGACGGGGCCGCCGCGCUGGCCUGCGCCGCCUGCGGCUGCCACCGCAGCUUCCACCGACGCGAGGCGAUCCCCGGUAGCGUCGCGGCCGCGGUGGCGGUAUCGCCCUCGCCGGUGAUCCCCACCGCCGGCGCCAGCGCCAACUCCUCCCGUGUCAUGCCGCUGCUCCUGGCCCCGCCGCACAUGCAUACGCGCCCGCCGCACGUCCCGGUGUCCCCGGCGUCCGCGCCCGCCGCGCUGACUGAGUCGUCGAGCGAGGAGCUGCGCGGCCCCGCGCCCGCGCACCCGGCCGCGCCGACGACGCACCCGUCCCACGCGCAGGUGGCCGUAGCGGGCUCGGCCUCCGCUCCCCCGGCGCCGAGCCAGAAGCGUUUCCGGACCAAGUUCACGGCGGAGCAGAAGGACCGCAUGCGCGAGUUCGCGCACCGCGUCGGGUGGCGCAUCCACAAGCCCGACUCCGACGCCGUGGACGCCUUCUGCGCCCAGGUGGGCGUCUCCCGGCGCGUCCUCAAGGUGUGGAUGCACAACAACAAGCACCUCGCCAAGAUCCCGCCCUCGCCCCCAUCCUCCCACCAGCCGCCGCCGCCGCAGCCUCACCACCACGACCACCACCCACCUCCACCUCCGCACCACAUCCACCAUCACCACCCGCCGCCGCCGCCGCAGCAGCAGCAGCAGCAUGAUGCAUGA